AUGGGUUACUUUCCCUCUACCACGAACUUCAGCUCAUCAUUCAUCGAUGCGUCGUCGCCUUCUUCGUAUUCUUUGACAACCAGCAGCAAAGAGAAGAUGAUCAAGGUAAGCAGAAAGGGCAAAGGAGCCGUUAAGCUAUCGACCGAUCCGCAAAGCGUGGCGGCUAGAGAGAGGAGGCACCGUAUAAGCGACCGGUUCAAGAUCUUGCAGAGCAUGGUUCCCGGCGGGACGAAGAUGGACACCGCCUCAAUGCUCGAUGAAGCCAUCCAUUACGUGAAGUUCCUCAAGACUCAGAUAUGGCUUCAUCAAGCCAUGAUCAAUGAGUGCUCGUCUCUCUUCGUUCCGGCCGGAUCAUUUCCGGUUGAAGCGAACGUUUACCCGUCGUUAAACCCUAGUGAUCUAAACCCUGCUGUGCAGCAAUCACAGGAGCUGCCAUUGCCGGGUUCUUGCUUCCAGGGUCAAUACCAACAAAACUUGCCUUAUGAUGUGUUCAUGAAUCAUCAUCAAUAA